UAGUCGUUUCACAUGUUUGCCUAACCGGCCUGAACGGCAAACAUAAACACGUGACUUUUUUUUUUUAAAUGACAGUAAGUUACCCAAUUUUUGUUAUACUACUGUUUUGAAUCCAAAUUCCGAUGUCUUACAACAAUAAUAGAAACAGCUUUGGCCGCGGAGGCGGUGGCGGCGGAGGCGGUGGUUUUCGAGGCAGAGGUGAUGGAGGUGGCCGAGGAGGCGGUGGUGGUAAUUUCCGUGGUGGCGGCGGAGGCCGUGGUGGAAGAGGUGGUUUCAAUAGGUUUGCAGAACAAGGACCACCAGAAGAAGUAAUACCUCUGGGUUAUUUUACUCAUGCUUGUCAAGAUGACAUUAUUUGCAAGGCUGAAAUGGAAGAUGUUCCAUACUUUAAUGCACCUAUAUAUUUUGCUAAUAAACAACAAAUUGGAAAAAUAGAUGAAAUAUUUGGCACAUACAGUGAUUAUUUUGUGUCCAUUAAGUUGAACUCUGAAAUUAAAGCAAAAUCUUUCAAAGGAAAUGACAAAUUAUACAUUGAUCCAGCAAAACUGUUACCAUUGAAGAAAUUUUUACCUCAACCCGGUGGCCAGAGAGGUAGAGGAGGUGGUGGUGGAAGAGGACGAGGAGGUCGUGGUGGUCGUGGAGGAGGUGGUUUUGGACGUGGUGGUGGCGGAGGAGGCCGUGGUGGUUUUGGUGGACGAGGCGGUGGUGGCCGUGGAGGCGGUGGCUUUGGACGUGGUGGUGGCGGAGGAGGACGAGGAUUUGGCGGCGGUGGUGGAAGAGGAGGAGGAGGACGUGGUUUCAAGAGAUGAAAAUAAUAAUAAUAAAAAUUGUAAUUAUAAAAUAAACAAAUAUUUAUGUUAAUGUCAUGUUCUCAUAAUAUUUCUUUGACUACGAGAUUACUAAAUCUAUUUGAAUUUAAGACCAAUUUUAUUUCACAUGUUAUUUUAUCAUGUUCUACAUUGUAUUAAACUUAAGCUUUAUUUAAAAAAAAAUUUUUUAUUAUUUUAUAUUUUUACUUAAUGAUCAUUAAAUUGAUAAAUUUAUACAA